AUGCGAUUGGAAGAUCAGGUCUCAGAGGAAGAGGCAGAGAGGAGAGAUGACCUGCAAGCAAACGAUCCGGCCCAGUCCAGUCAAGCGACGGAUCGACAUGCAAACAGACCCGGUCCCGCGCGCACGAGAUGUAGUGCCUAUCUAUCACCUCCAACCGUCCCAAAUGCCAACGUCUCUGGCCGAACACGGGUGUACGCAAAGUGUCUCAUGAAGGGGGCCUUAACCAGUAUACAUACUCUAGCUUUCAUCCUCCUCGAGAAACUCCGCCGAAGCACAGCUUUUGAGUGCAAUUCCUCUCGAGCGCUGCCCAUGCGAUAA